CCCAAGCUUUAGACUCACGUGGAAUUUCAACCUCGACGACGCCAACAAAAUGUCUGACCAUGAGCUUGACUAUGAGCUUGAGAUGGAUGAUAUUGAUGAUGAUGAUGAUGAUGUUAUGGAUGAUGCUGCUGAGUUUGAUAUUCCUCAAAAUGCUGAAUUAAACGAUGAUCAAGUGCCUGAAAUUGAAACUAAGGUUGAGUCGAAAAAGAUUGUUGGUAGUAUUAGUAAUAAGAGGGCUGCUUGUUGGAAACAUUUUUACUUUAUUACCCCAGAAAAUCAUCCGAAACCUAGGGUUGCAUGCAAAUGGUGUCGGAAGGAUUAUGCAUGUCAUUCGAAACUCAAUGGUACAAAAUCACUUACUCAUCAUCUAAAGUUUCAGUGUUUGAAUUAUCCCAUGAACAAGAAAUUCACGGGUAGUAGGCAAAAACAAUUUAGUUUUCAAAAAAAGGAACACAAUGGCGAAACAAGUGCAAACCUUGUGCCUAUGACCUUCAGUGUUGACGCAUGUAAAAGAGCGCUAGCGAAGAUGAUAAUAAUUGAUGAAUUGCCAUUUUCAUUUGUUGAGGGUGAAGGAUUCAAACAGUUUAUUGAAGUUGUUCAACCAAUGUGGAAGCCUCCUGGUAGGCUUGUGAUGGCCAAGAACUGCAUGCUUAUUUAUGGGGAGGAGAAAAUGACAUUGAAACAAAUAGUUAAGCAUCAAAGGCUGUGUCUUACAACGGACACUUGGACUUCAGUCCAAAAUUUGAAUUACAUGUAUCUUACGGGACAUUUUAUUGAUGACAAUUGA